AAACCCGGCAUUACUCUCGCCAAAAUUUAUUAUGUAUUGGUAUUUCGCAACGCUAUUCUUUGGACUCUGAAUUGAUUUGUUUUGAAAUCCUUGCAUGGUUAGAAUUUUUAUGCUACUAAAAUUUUUUUAAAGACAAUUACAGCAAUAAUGGAAAAAAGGGACAGAAGCGAAUCAGAACGAAUAGUGCGAGAAGGCUUACAUUUAAAGGAUCCAGGAACAUCUCAAGUGCAAGUUGGGGAUUCAAAAGAUUUGCAGUCAAAUCAUCAGUUACAGAAAGGUAAAGAUCUAACACAUAUCAUAGCCUCUGAACCAGCCGAAGGACUCGAAACACAGGAAGUGACGCAACAAGGGAAAGAAUCCCCAUCACAGGAUGUCUCGGUUCAAGGUCCACGGGAAAAUUCUGAAGAGCACGAAUCGUUCCACCAAGAAUGCGAAGAAUUUAAAGAUGAUGAGAAGUCAAAGCAAAUGAUAGGCAUAAAUAUAAUGAUGCUACAAAAAGAUGAAAGCUCACUUGUUAUUGCACAAGAUUCAAAUCAAACAAAACAAGGCGAUCCAAUACAUGAAGAAUGUGAUGCGUUUGUGGCUGAAGAGCGAGAUUUAGAUGGAAAUACAAAAGUGCAACAAACAGUUGACAUUCCAGAAAAUAUCAUGCCUGUCUUGAAACAGGAAUCAAUCCAAAUAACUGAACAAGAAGACAAUGAUGCAAUUCAUCAACAAUAUGAGGAAAGUGUGGAAGAGCAAUCGGUAUCAAAAUUGGGAACAAAUUUAGUGGUGAAACUAAAGGAUGAAGCACUAAAAGAUGACUUUCUUGCAUCAAUUCAAAGUCCGACGCAAACAGUUGAACAAGAAACAAAUAAGAUGGUACAACAAGAAUGUGACAGAAUUGCUGAAAAUUCUCUACUUUUGCAAGAGGUUGCAUCUGAUUCACAAACGUUAACCGACGGCCUUGCGUGUCUUCGGCGUUUGCAGGAGAGUGUGUCACCUCCAGAAUCGAAAGAAUCUCAUGCACCUUUGCGAGAGCUUAAUCUGGAAGAAAAGGUGUACCUUGCAUUACCCAGAAGGGCUUGUCACUACCGACUACAGAUUCCACCACACCCAAGUCUUCCUGCCGUACCAGAAGAGGAGGUUCUUCCAUGGACGCCAUUUGAAACCUUUGGAGAAGAGUUUUUUGAACCCUUAGCCCAAAGAAUUUUAGAAGCCCUAAAUCCGCGACUGCUUACCCAACAAACAGAAAUGCGUCAUUACGUUCAAAGGAUCCGUGAAAGCCAUAUCCAACCAGAAAGGGUAGCGUUGCACGAAGAAAUGCGAACAAGAUGUGUGAAAUUAUUUUGGAGUCUCUUACUAGCUGGCAUUUUAGUUGUGGCACUGUAUUUCUUAAUAGACUUUUUAGACAAGAAAUAUGAUACUGAUAGCUCUAACUCUGCCUAUCCGUUGAGCGAUUUUCGUGAAAAUUUGAGCAUUCCAAGGAUUGAUUUAGAACCUGGCCGCUUGGUGGCUAACUUAGACUUUAACAUCACUUCUCUGACUGCCAGUACGGACUAUAUUUCCACUACGGAGGCUGACUUGAACGAUAAUAUCACCAUUAUGAUCGCCGAUAUGGACAAUAACGUAUCCACUUUGGUAGUCGAUUUGAACAAUAAUGUCAGCACUCUGAAGGCUGGCUUGGACGGUAACAUCACCUUCCUGAUGGCCGGGAUGAAUGAUAACAUCACCUUUCUGAAGGCAGGUUUGGACUAUAAUGGCACUUAUCUGGCAGAUGGCUUGGACGAUAAUGGCACUUAUCUGGCCGAUGGAUUGGACGAUAAUGUCACUUAUCUGACAGAUGACUUGGACGAUAAUGUCACUUAUCUGGCAGAUGGCUUGGACUAUAAUGUCACUUAUCUGGCCGAUGGAUUGGACGAUAAUGUCACUUAUCUGGCCGAUGGAUUGGACGAUAAUGUCACUUAUCUGGCCGAUGGAUUGGACGAUAAUGUCACUUAUCUGGCAGGUGGAUUGGACGAUAAUGUCACUUAUCUGGCAGGUGGCUUGGACGAUAAUGGCACUUAUCUGGCCGAUGGCUUGGACGAUAAUGGCACUUAUCUGGCCGAUGGCUUGGAUGAUGAUAUCACCUGUUUGGUAGCAAAUCUAUGCAAUGUCACUUCUCUGGCGGGUAGUUCGGACGAUAACGUCUCUUCUCUGGUGGCCGAUUUGAACGUUAAUAUUACAAAUUCGACAGCUGAUUUCAACGCUGAAGUCAUACCUGUGCUAUAUGAUUUGAAAGUUAAUGUGAGCAAUGUGAAUGGCAAUGGGUUUACUCUUAUUACUAAAUUUGAUGUUAAGCUGAUUAAUUCAAGUACCAGUGUCACUACUUCUGUGGCUGAUUUGAAUGAUAAUCACCAAUCUCGUAUCAGUAAAAUCGUCUCUCUAAUGAAUGACUUACCGUUGAUGUAA